GACCUUUCUUCUCGACGGGACGCGCCAUAUACGCUUGUGGUUGUGGAUGUGAAUUUAACCCACUGGGCUUGAGUGCAGGGAGUAUAUUGCAGGUGGAAAACAAUUAAACAAUUAUGAAGCUUAUGUCGCGCGAUGUUGCUGCUAUGCAGGUGCCACAAUUCUUGGCACGCAAUAAAAAAUACGAGAAAUACAACUCCGAAACAAUGGCCGAUGGAUAAAAGUGAACCAAGGGUUGCUGGAGCAACGAGUUCAUCUGGAAAAUCAGGUCAAGAGGCUUCGCCCACUGUGUCUGGGACUUGAUCAACAAAACGGCACCAAAAUAGUAAUAAAACCCAGUGAAAAUAAAACAGAAAAUAAUGACUGACAUUGCAGCAUUAGCUAACGGGAGCAGUUUUCUUGAGGUCUCGCUGCGGUACUUUGACGAGCAGCUUUUGGUGGAUAUCCUGCCGCGCGCCACCUGCCCUGGUGAGGAUGAGGGAUCUCCGAUGGAUGAGUUCGCAGACCUGUUUACGGUGGAACAACUCCGCCAGGGAUGGGUGGUCCUGCACGUAUUUGCCGCGAUUUACUUCUUUAUCUUGCUGGCCAUCAUCUGCAACGACUACUUCCUACCUACGGUGGAGUGCAUCUGCGAGGACUUGCACCUCUCGAAGGAUGUAGCAGCAGCCACUUUCAUGGCCACAGCCACCUCCAUGCCCGAGUUUUUCACGAACACGAUCAGUACGCUGAUUCUGGAGUCAGAUAUGGGCCUAGGGACGAUCAUCGGUUCGUUGAUGUUUAACACACUGGGCGUUGCCGGAUUAGCCGCGCUGGCCAUUGAUAAGCCGGUGCAGCUGGACUGGUGGCCAAUAGCCCGGGAUUGCUUCAUCUACAUCUUCAACACAAUCAUCCUGCUGGUCUUAGCCUGGGGCGGAAGCAUUAGUUUCACAGAGUCCUGCAUUAUGAUGGGAUUCCUAGUGCUCUACUACCUGAUCACGUUUAACAACAAUAAGUUCAUGCCGGCCAUCCGGGUGUUUAUCGAAGAUCGAAUGAACUGCUGCUUCUCAACACGAUAUGACCUAACGGAGCCCCCAGAGAACAGUGCCAAGGCCCAGCUGCCGCUCAAAAAAGAUCCACUGUCUGGCGACGGCCUUUUUGUGGUAAAUUUUCCGGAAAACACUUCGUCGAUGUCCUCUACCGCCAACCUCACGCACUCCAAACAUUGGAAUGGCGAGGACGAUGAGGAUGAUGAUAUGCCCAAAAGCAUAUACGCCUACCCACAUGAUGCCUCCGGAUGGAUGAAGUUUUGGUGGAUCUUUGUUUUUCCCAUAAAGUUUACACUAUCCCUGCUGAUCCCACACCCAAUCAAACACCGUCGCCUGUAUCCAUUAUCCUUCAUCAUGUGCAUCCUAUGCAUCGGCGGAAACGCCUAUUUAAUUGUCUGGAUGCUGACUGCCUUCGGUGUGGCAAUUCACGUGCCAACGAUUGUGAUGGGUCUUACCUUCUUGGCCGCUGGGUCCACCAUGCCGGAAGCUGUCUCCAGUCUUAUUUCGUUAAGAAAUGGUGAAAACGGCAUAGGCGUUUCGAAUUCCUUGGGCGCCAAUUCGUUGGCCAUCUUGCUCUCUCUGGGAGUACCGUGGUUCAUCAAGAACUGCAUCAACUACAGCACCGGGGAGCCACAGCAAGUGGGCACCCAGGGCAUUGAGUACAACAUCCUGAUCUUAAUUGUCUCCACGGUGGCGCUGUUUGUUGUCCUCAGCUUCAGCGGAUAUCGACUUACCAAGCGGGUGGGCGUGGCCCUCUUUACUAUCUACGGAGUGUUCAUCGUUCUGCAGAUCCUUAUCGAGAUGAAUGUGUUUUUCCCCAGAGACUGUAGUAGCUAGUGAUGGACCUGGAUCUCGAAGCCCAGAUAUGCGGGAAAAACCACCGCUAGACAAUCCUUUUGGUGCUGGCACUAAUAGAUUAUUAGCACCGCAACCCACUUACAGGAACUGAACUAUUCGAACUAUUUUUGGACAAAUCUACUAGAGUUUGAAUAAUUGAAUUGAUAAUUACAAAUGUACCUGUACUUUGUAAUUAUCGAGCACUAUUUAGUAGUACAUACCCUUCAUUUUUGUUACCGUAAUUUACGCUUUGAUUAUUGCCUAAGACUGUCUUUAGGUUUACGAAGCUUCCAUAAGCGAUUUCUAUUUAUUUCACGUUGUAUAUGUUGUCUUUAUGAUUAUGUGUAUAUCUCGUAGCCUAGUUAUAUCCACAAAUGUUUGAACCGUUACCAAAGCCCAGAACGCGAUACUAGCUAUUAAGAGAACGAUAUACAUGUACAUAUAUCUAGAAGUGACCUCGAUAUUCCCCCAUCCUGCCCAAGGACGCUUAAGAGUAAAGCAAAAAAUUCGCAAACCACACACAAAAACCUUCCGUUGAUAUUACGCGUUUUCAUGUAUGUCUAGCGCUGUAAGAACUUUUUGUUAACGUUAUCUAAUACCCUUGAUACCAUUGUUAUUAAUUUAUAAAUAUACCCUAAGGUAAAUGUUA